ACCUCCACCAAACACCAAAGCGUGACAUACAUCUAGUAGGGGUUCCAACACCUUAAAUACUACCACCUGCGUCUCUCUACUUCUCUUCAACAUCCAUCGCACUUUCCUUGCAACAUCUGCCAUAUAACUUGUGCAUUUAUAAGGCCUAGCGCCAUCAACAAUACAUCUCUCAAGAAUUCUAUCAUUAACUAUGGACCGCUACGCGACUGAAAUGAACGAAAGUUCCAUCCCAGGCCCGUCCCAAGAUGAGCCUCAGCCACAACUCCAACAUGCCGAACCUGUUCCUUUCGACAUGUAUGCCGAUUCAUCUCAGUACGCUCCACCUGGGCCGGCUCCCACAGCGCACGGAAUGGCGACCGCAGUGUUUGAUGCUGGUAUGGCACAAUACGGACAGCCUCCCCUCAUGCCGGAUAUGACGGGGCCUGUAGCCGUUCCUCCAUUCGCAGCGCAUUUCCCCCAGUCUCAGAUGGUCCCAGGGCCAUUGUACGACCACUCCAUCCCUCCUCCAUUUGCACCCUAUUUCCCCCAGCCUCAGAUGGCUCCAGGGCCAUUGUACGACCCCUCCAUUCCUCCUCCGUUUCAACCCUAUUUCGCCCAGCCUCAGAUGACCCCAGGGCCAUUGUACGACCCUUCCAUCCCUCCUCCGUUUGAACCACAUUUCGCCCAGCCUCAGAUGGUCCCAGGGCUAUUGUACGACCCCUCCAUCCCUCCACCGUUUGAAAACUAUUUUCCCCAGUCUCAAAUGAUGCCUGGGCCAUCACACCACCCCUUCGCCCCUCCUCCCUGUGGAAUGUAUUUACCCCAGCCUUCAGGGACAUCGAACGGCUACCCUAUCCCUCCCCCACAAUCUUAUGAUGGGUAUGCCGCGGGCCCCCAGUUCAUGGGUUUCAUGCCGUAUUACUAUCCCUCCCCACGCAAGACUCUUAGGAAACGCCAACGUUUGGACUAUGAUGCACCUCCCAAUUUCCAACGGGUCGUAAAGCGUGGCAAGGUCGAGUACAAAUGCCUUCUUAAGCAGUGCAAAAAGACAGAUUCGAUGAAUAAAGGCAGUAUGCUGAAGCAUAUCGAUUCUAAGACGCACAGUGGGCGCACCGGUCAGCAUUUAUGUGAAUACUGUGGCAAGGACUUAAGUCGCUCGGACUCUUUGAAUCGUCAUUACAAGUCUUGUUCCAAAAGACCUAAAGGACCUGGUGAUUCGACCCCGGGUUCGGGCGAGUCGUCGGAAGAUUGAUUUAUCAUACGGUUUCGAUUGGAACAAGGUUCUAGAUAUCUCCCUCGGACAAGAUCAUCGGGCAAGUUUGCAUUAUAUCAUCAUUUGGACUGCAUAAUCCAUCGUUCAUGGACCACACAUUACAUUAUCUGUCAUUUAUAUUUCUCUGCCGUAUCCGCCUGUGGGCAUCCUUCUUUCAUUACAUUUCUUUAUAUUGCGCGGUCGUAUCUGCAGCACCCUCCACUCAUUAUAUUGCUCUGUCGUAUCUGCAGAUCACCUCACUCAUUACAUCUCACACC